CCGACCUCUGAUCGCCCCAAAGGACGAUCCGUCCACCUUUGCCCUUGGCCCACGUUGUCUGGUGCAUGAAACCGUCCGCGUGCACAGUGGGUCGAGAAUGACAGGCCUGAUUCUUCACGCCCCUGGAGACCCUCUUGAGCAGCCGCUGCUCACUUGGCUUUCUGCUCAUCUUUUCCCUCUUUUCCCUUCCCUUCCCUUCUCAUUCUUUCCGCUACCUCUGCUCCUCUCUCUCUAUCUCUCGCUCUCUCUCGCUCGCUGUAAGGGAUCCAUCCGGUAGCAUCCACCCUGUACCAAAAAGCCACUUCAGAUCGUACUCCAACUUCUGGGAAGUAAAACAGUUUGUUAAGUCACUUACUGUUUGUAUAAAUACCUGACUAACACUCUACCCAAAUUCCCCGCUUGCUCUUUUCGUCAUUGAGUUUGAAUUUAUUCCAUUUUCCAUUUUCUUACAAUUUUUUUUUUCCCUGAAUUUUUUUUUCUUCCCAUUUUCUGCCGUUGCCCUUUCCCAAUCUUUCCUGGGUCUGUUUCCAAACCGACUUUGAAUUUUGGGUCAAGACUUUCCUU